GCGGCCCCGCUCAGAGCGAGAAAAGCGAACCCAACCCGUCGGGGCUGCCGCUCCGGACCCGCCGCCGCCUCCCCCGGGUCGGCUGUACCGUCCGAACCCGAAAGUCCAGUUGGGCGGCCCGCCGCGGCGAGGAGCGCGAUGACACAGGAGUACGACAACAAACGGCCGGUGUUGGUUCUUCAGAAUGAAGCCCUGUACCCCCCUCGGCGCUCCUACACCAGCGAGGACGAAGCCUGGAAGUCCUUCCUGGAGAACCCUCUCACGGCAGCAACCAAGGCCAUGAUGAGCAUCAACGGCGACGAGGACAGCGCGGCGGCGCUGGGCCUGCUCUACGACUACUACAAGGUGCCGCGAGAGAGGCGGACAUCCGCCGCCAAGGCCGACGUGGAGCACCCCGAGGCCGAGCACAGCAAACGAAACAGCAUACCAAAUGUGACCGAGCAGCCCCUCGUUUCUGCCGGAGAGAACAGAGUGCAAGUUCUGAAAAACGUGCCCUUCAACAUCGUGCUUCCCCACGGCAACCAACUGGGCAUCGACAAGAGAGGCCACCUAACAGUUCCAGACACAACAGUCACCGUCUCCAUAGCAACCAUGCCCACCCACUCCAUCAAGACGGAAGCCCAGCCGCACGGCUUCGCGGUGGGGGUCCCUCCGGCAGUGUACCACCCCGAGCCCACCGAGAGGGUGGUGGUUUUCGACCGGAACCUCAGCGCGGACCAGUUCAGCUCUGCGGCCCAGCCCCCCAACGCUCAGAGGCGGACGCCAGACUCGACUUUCUCAGAGCCCUUCAAGGAGGGCGUGCAGGAGGUUUUCUUCCCCUCGGACCUCAGUCUGCGGAUGCCCGGCAUGAACUCAGAGGACUUUGUUUUUGACAGUGUUUCUGGGAACAACUUCGAGUACACGCUGGAAGCCUCCAAGUCGCUCCGCCAGAAGCCGGGGGACAGCACCAUGACCUACCUGAACAAAGGCCAGUUCUACCCCGUCACCCUGAAGGAAGUGAGCAGCAACGAGGGGAUCCACCACCCCAUCAGCAAAGUGCGGAGCGUGAUCAUGGUGGUGUUCGCCGAGGACAAGACCAGGGAGGACCAGCUGAGGCACUGGAAGUACUGGCACUCCCGGCAGCACACGGCCAAGCAGAGGUGCAUUGACAUCGCCGACUACAAAGAGAGCUUCAACACCAUCAGCAACAUCGAGGAGAUCGCCUACAAUGCCAUCUCCUUCACCUGGGACAUCAACGACGAGGCGAAGGUGUUCAUCUCCGUGAACUGCCUGAGCACGGACUUCUCCUCCCAGAAGGGCGUGAAGGGCCUGCCGCUGAACAUCCAGAUCGACACCUACAGCUACAACCACCGCAGCAACAAGCCGGUGCACCGCGCCGUCUGCCAGAUCAAGGUCUUCUGCGACAAGGGAGCCGAACGGAAAAUCCGGGACGAAGAGCGAAAACAGAGCAAAAGAAAAGUGUCUGACGUCAAGGUGCCGCUGCUCCCCACUCACAAACGCAUGGACAUCACGGUCUUCAAGCCCUCUGUCGACCUGGACACGCAGCCUGUCCUCUUCAUUCCCGACGUGCACUUCGCCAACCUGCAGCGGGGCACCCACGUCCUCUCCGUCGCCGCCGAGGAACUGGAGGGCGAAGGCUCGAACCUGAAAAGGGGGCCGUUCGGGUCCGAGGACGAUUUUGUGGUCCCCCCGCCCGCUAAGCUGAACCGGAUCGAGGAGCCCAAGAGAGUGCUGCUCUACGUGCGGAAGGAGGCAGAGGAAGUCUUCGACGCCCUGAUGCUCAAGACUCCGUCCCUGAAGGGCUUGGUGGAGGCCAUCUCAGACAAAUAUGAUGUUCCCCAUGACAAGAUUGGGAAAAUAUUCAAGAAAUGUAAAAAAGGGAUCCUGGUGAACAUGGACGACAACAUCGUGAAGCACUACUCCAACGAGGACACCUUCCAGCUGCAGAUGGAGGAGGUGGGGGGGUCGUACAGACUCACCCUCACGGAGAUCUGAGGGCGCCGGGCCCGCAGACCCCGCAGUUCCACGAGGUGUUGCCAGGUCUCGCUGUCUGCCAGGCCGCAGCCCACGGUCAGCCUCCUGCCCAUCACGGCGACCUCGGGGGCAGGGACUCCCGCCUGGAGAUGGGGCCGCUCAGGCUUGGCGAGGGCGUGGAGCACACGGCAUUGGCGCUUCUCGGAUGAGAGAAACCCGUACACUAUUAUACGCUUGCCUUUUCUGAUACAAAUACUUGGGGUUAAAGUGAAAACUCUGUUCCAAGAUUUAAUGGACUCUCUGGGAACCUUUAGGAUAUCUGCUACAGUAUUUAUAAUGAUAUUUUUAUUACACGUUCAAUUCAAUAUUCGGUGGUAUUAGUCUCAGGUGUGUGCUAGCAGCACCGUGGCCAGACCGUACAGCUAUGGGCUGUCCCGUGUCUUCAGGGCCAGCGGGCCUGCCCACUACAGUCAGAGGCGGGGUGUGUGGCCACAGGCUCAGGUGCUCAGCCUGAGCUCAGUGUCACUCCCUGCCUCCGGGUGGUGGAAGCCACGUCCCAGAACAAAGGGAUCACCCUCUCCCGUGGCUGCCCCCCCCCCCCCGCACAUACAUGUUUACUCCAGCAGAGCGUGUUACCAGGACCUCCCCUCUCGACUCUUGAAGCACCUGCUGCCUUUCUCAUGCAGAUCUUCGGGGCCACUGUGUACAUAAGUGCAAUAAGUUCCCAAGGCCCGUCUGUAAAUGUGUACAUACGUGUCUCAUACAGAUAGAUAAUAUAUGCAUGCGGCGUCCGUGGGCAGACACGGAGAGAUGGAUGACAGCUACCUGAGAGACUCGGCCUCGGCCGGAGGCUGAGUUACGUGGGUAAUUAACGCCCACCGAGCAGGUGGAACCCUCGGAGGAACCCAGAGCACGCAGCCGUCCCGAGCGGAACGUUCCGGGCCGCUCGGGCUCGGCUCGGCCAGGACCGCACUGUUUACACAUGAAGUAAAGGGGAGACGUGGACGUCAGCCUGUGCCCUCGUGCCGCAGCAGAUGGGGCAGCUCUGUCCUUCCCCGUCUUCCUGCUGGAGGGAGGCGUUCUGCCGCGUUGCAGACCUGGCCCUCGGUCAUCCGUGCACUCCCCGUGGAGAAGCGGUCACGGGUGUAGGACACUCUCAGUGGCAGGGGGCGUUUUGGACACCUGUUUAAGAACAUAGGAAUAUUACAGUGUCAUUUUAUAACAUAAGAUCACGGGUAUCUGUCGGUUCAGGGAACUAGUUUGUAGAAGUAGGACGGAUAGUUGCAUUCCUGUGUUAAAAUAUCCUAAUGAAGUAUGUGAACUGAAUUGCUGGUUUUCUAAAAAUAAGAUAUGGGACACGGGUCAUAUGACAAUAUUUUCUAUUGUGUUUUAUGAAAUUGAUUGUGCCUUGUUUACUGUUUUUAAUGGUAUCAUUGAAGAUGCAUUUUAAGCCAACAGGAUUAAAUUUAUGUGCCUAUCUCAAA